AUGCAUACAUUUGUGUGGUCACUUGUGCUACUGCUGCAAGUGCUGCAGCAAUGUGAAGCUCUGCCGGGAAGCUGGCUGCCAGGGGAAUAUUCCAACACGAAGGCCGAUGCGGUGAGGUUCCUCAGCAACUACAACAGCACUGCGGAGGAGGUUUUUUUCUACAGCGUGUCGGCCAGCUGGACCUACAACACCAACUUGACAGAGCACAACUCUCAUCUCCAGGUCAAUGCAUCCUUGGAUGAGCAGGCCUUCACUGAGGCUUGGGGGCUCAAGGCCAAAACCGUCUUCACUAAUGAGGUGCUUGAGACUCUCGACCCCAAAGAUCAGAAACUGAUGUACUUGGUGAUGCUCCUUGGACCUGCUAACCUGCCUCCAGAAGAAAGAAGCGAGUAUAACACCAUUCUCAGCAACAUGGAUAGUAUUUAUUCAACCGCCAAAGUCCAUCCGCAGCCUAACGUCUCCUGGAGCCUCGAACCUCAUCUAACAGAUAUCAUGGCGACGUCGAGGAGCUACAAAAAACUGUUGUACGCUUGGGAGGGCUGGCACAAUGUCUCAGGUGUCCCCCUCAAGCAGCACUACCCCAGGUUUGUCGAGCUUGGGAACAAAGCCUCAAGGGCUGAUGGAUUUACCGACACGGGAGAUGACUGGCGCGCAGUGUACGAAACCAAAAACUUCCAAGAUGUCAUCGAAAAUCUAUACAAAACAAUCCAACCCCUCUAUCAGCACCUCCACGCUUUCGUGCGACGCCGACUCUACAACCAGUACGGCCCCAAAUACAUCAACCUCAAAGGACCGAUCCCCGCUCAUCUGCUCGGAAACAUGUGGGCCCAGACCUGGAACAACAUCUACCGCUUGAUGACACCGUUUCCGGACAAACCCAACAUUGAUGUGACUAAAGAAAUGGUCAAACAAGGCUACGACGCUCAACGUAUGUUCCGCGUCGCAGAGGAGUUCUUCACGUCUCUGAAUCUAUCGGCGAUGCCUCCAGAAUUCUGGAACGGCUCCAUGCUGGAAAAGCCCGAUGAUCGAGAAGUUGUGUGUCACGCGUCUGCCUGGGACUUUUACAACCGCAAAGACUUCCGAAUCAAGCAAUGCACCACUGUGAAAAUGGAGCAGCUCUUUACCGUACACCACGAGAUGGGACACGUGCAAUAUUACCUCCAGUACAAAGACCAACCUGUGGGCUUCCGUCGCGGGGCCAAUCCCGGAUUUCACGAAGCCAUCGGCGACGUUCUGUCUCUGUCUGUUUCCACACCCAAACACCUCCACACCAUUGGAUUACUGGAGUCUGAAACGUCUGACCACGAAUCUGACAUCAACUACCUGUUAAAGAUGGCGCUGGAGAAGAUAGCCUUCCUUCCAUUCGGCUACCUUAUUGACCAAUGGCGUUGGAGCGUAUUUGGGGGUAAAACGCCUCCAGAGCGAUACAACUCGGAAUGGUGGUACCUCAGGACAAAAUAUCAAGGCGUCUGCCCACCUACUAAGCGUAGUGACGACCACUUUGAUGCUGCUGCAAAAUACCACAUACCUGCAAACGUACCAUACAUCAGGUAUUUUGUUAGCUUCAUCUUGCAGUUCCAGUUCCACGAAAAGCUGUGUGAGGCAGCCAAGCACACCGGACCUUUGCACACAUGCGAUAUCUACCGCUCUGCAGAAGCCGGGGCCAUUAUGAAAAAAGUUCUUCAGGCAGGUUCCUCCAAAUCUUGGCCUCUUGUGCUCAAAGAGGCGAUAGGUACUGACAAGUUGGACGCGGGCGCACUGAUGAGAUACUUUGACCCUAUUAUCAAGUGGCUGGAACAACAAAAUGUUGAUGAAGUCUUAGGAUGGCCUGAUUUUGAUUGGGUUCCACCCAUUCCUGAGGGCUAUCCAGAGGAUAUCGAUAAAAACACAGAUGAGCUUGAUGCCAAGAAUCUUCUGGAGGAGUUCAACAGCACAGCUGAAGUGGCGUUCAAUGCAUAUACAGAGGCCUCAUGGGCGUAUAACACUGACAUCAAUGAAGCCAACAAGCAGAUCAUGCUUCAAAAGAGUCUGGAAAUGUCAGCUCACACCUUGAAAUAUGGCUUGCGAGCACGGCAGUUCGAUACGACAGAUUUCCAGGAUGCCACUACCAGGCGCAUCGUUCUAAAACUCAGCGAAAUCGAUAAAGCCGCUCUGCCGCCACAACAGCUUGAAGAGUUCAACACCAUCGUAUCCGACAUGGAGACCAAAUAUAGCGUGGCGGAGGUCUGCAGAGAAAACGGCCAGUGUCACCCACUGGAUCCUGACCUUCAGAAGAUCAUGGCAGAGUCCAGAGAUUAUGACGAGCUGCUAUUUGCCUGGAAAGGUUGGCGAGAUGCUGCAGGCAAAAUACUUCGUUCAGAUUACAAGAGAUACGUUGAACUGUCCAAUGAGGCUGCCGUACUCAAUGGUUACAGUGACAACGGUGCUUCCUGGCGUUCUCUGUAUGAAACUCCGACCUUUGAGGAAGACCUGGAGGUUCUCUGGAAAGAAUUGGAACCGCUCUACUUGAACGUGCACGCCUAUGUCCGCAGGGCUCUGUACAAAAAGUUUGGUCCUAAGCGCAUCAAUUUGAGAGGACCCAUACCUGCUCACUUGCUUGGUAACAUGUGGGCUCAGACGUGGUCUGGUAUCAUGGAUCUGGUCAUGCCUUAUCCAGACGCUACGCAAGUUGAUGCGACGCCAGCCAUGGUCGCACAGGGCUGGGAUGCUAAAAGAAUGUUCCAGGAAUCAGACAGGUUUUUCACCUCUCUGGGGCUUCUGCCUAUGCCAAAAGAGUUCUGGGACAAAUCCAUGAUAGAGAAGCCCACCGACGGCCGACAAGUUGUCUGCCACGCCUCUGCAUGGGACUUUUAUAACAGAAAAGACUUCAGAAUCAAACAGUGUACUGUUAUAACCAUGGACGACUUGAUCACUGUCCACCACGAGAUGGGACACGUUCAGUACUUCCUGCAGUACAAGGAUCAGCCUGUGUCAUUCCGCGAGGGUGCUAACCCCGGCUUCCACGAGGCCAUCGGCGAUGUCCUGGCCUUGUCUGUGUCCACCCCCAAACAUUUGCAUAGCAUUGGCCUCCUGGACAAAGUGGAGAAUAAUCACGAGAGUGACAUCAAUUUCCUGAUGAACAUGGCGCUUGAUAAGAUUGCCUUCUUACCUUUUGGCUACCUGAUGGACCAAUGGAGGUGGAAGGUGUUUGAUGGACGCAUACUAUCAUCUGACUACAAUAAAGAGUGGUGGAACCUGAGACUGAAGUACCAGGGCCUAUGCCCGCCCGUCUCCCGCACCGAGGAUGACUUUGACCCAGGUGCAAAGUUCCACAUCCCCGCUAAUGUUCCCUACGUGAGGUACUUUGUAAGCUUCAUUAUCCAGUUCCAGUUCCACAAGGCUCUUUGUAAUGCUGCCAAGCACGUGGGGCCCCUGCACACAUGUGACAUUUACCAGUCCAAGGAUGCUGGGAAGUUGUUGGGAGACGUGAUGAAGUUGGGCUUCAGCAAGCCCUGGCCCGAAGCCAUGACCAUGAUCACAGGCCAGCCUAAAAUGAGCGCCAAGCCACUCAUGGAAUAUUUCGAACCUCUCAUUAAAUGGCUGGAAGAAGAGAAUGACAAGAACAAGGACAUCCGCGGGUGGCCCGACUACGACUGGAAGCCUUCAACUCCAGCAAAGGAAUCUGAGACUAAUACCAACACUGUGGACUUCCUGGGAAUGAAUGUAGACAGAGCAGCCGCCGUUGCAGGCCAGUGGAUUUUGCUGGUAAUAGGCUUGGUCCUACUGCUCACCAUCAUCUUCAUGGCCUACAGAUACAGGAAGUCAAAAAGGUCUAAAGCGUCAUUGUUGUCAAUGGAGCUUAGGGAAAAACACUAA